GUAAAAUGCGUAACUCCUAGUCCGUAUUAUCGAACUUUUACUUUUACUACUCCGUCCGUUUUACUCUCCGUUCAUUCACGAAAACUCAGCCGAUUAUAAGAAAUGUUCCGAUCGACGUCAUCACACCCGCCAUACGAAAAAUAUGACGUCAGAAAGCGCGAUCCGGACCCCAAAUCGGCCGUCUUGUUAGUGGUUGACAUGCAAAACUACUUCCACUCGAUGGCGAAGCCUAUCCUGCCGGAGAUCAAGGCCACAAUCGAUCUCUGCCGCGGCGCGUCAGUGCCUGUGAUCUUCACGCGACACCGUCACCAGUCCCAGGAGGACUACGGCAUGCUUUACGAGUGGUGGGACGGCAACCUUAUCAUGGACGGCACUGUUGAGGCCGAGCUCAUCCCCGAUUUGGGCAGGGUGGAUUCUGACUUGGUGGUUGAAAAGUGCACUUACAGCGCCUUCAGAGGUACAAACUUAGAGGACACUCUGGCUGAGAUGGGGGCAAAAGAGGUAAUUGUGACUGGCGUAAUGACCAACUUGUGCUGUGAGACCACUGCAAGAGAGGCUUUUGUGAGGGGUUUCAGGGUUUUCUUCUCCACAGAUGCUACUGCUACGUCCUCGGCAGAACUGCAUCAUGCAACCUUAAUGAACAUGUCAUAUGGUUUUGCAUAUUUAGUUGACUGCAAAAGUCUUCAUGAUGCAUUUUCAAAAUCUUGAUUCUCACCAUUGUUGUAAAAUAUUGCAUUUAAAUGCCCUCUGCAUGUAUGCAAAUGCAGAAUAAAUAUACCCAUCUGAGUGUGGAAAAUAAUCAUGUGGCUCUAUAGUUAUGUUCACUGUUCGAUAAUACUCCCUCUGUUCCAUAAAAUUCUUCCCGGUUUGACUUGGAUCGGAGUUUAAGAAAGUGAGAAUAAGUGGAAAUGUAAGGUUGUGUUUGAGUAAGAAAAAGAUAAAUGAAUGUUAGCCACACAAAACUUUCCAAAAAAAGAAAUGAGAAGAUGCAUUGGGACAUCCCAAAAAGGUAGGUGGGAAGAAUUUUAUGGGACGGAGGGAGUAAUAGAGAGCGUGUUCUACAACUUGAGAUGCAAGUUUACAGUAGGAUCUGUGUUAUGUGCAUGCUUGGGAUCUCCUUUCAGAUCUGGUGGGAAGAACGAGAAAGGGGAAGAAUGAAAAGAGAUUAUUUAGAGUCCAUGCUUAAAGUGGAAAAAAUUGAUGUCCGACUUUUCAACGCAAGAAUUAAUUCGUCAAUAGUAGUUUAUUAAUCUAUAAUACUGUUAGGAAUCUGCCUAUUUAGUAUUUUAAUAAGGUAUUUGAAAGGAGAAAUAAAAUGGGCUGAGGUCAAUUAAGUGGGCUGGGGUCAUUUAAUGAGUAUGUUUAUCUAUUUUAGUCCCUGCGUGGACCUACUACUAUAAAUAGUAAGUUGUGUAGCUACUAAAAGGUAGACUGUUAUUUGGAUAUUGAGUGUUGCCUUGUUGCCUAAGAAGUCCCUGUCCCUGUCUGUCCCUGUCCCUUGUUACCUACGGUUUACCCUAUUUCAUCAAUAAACAAUAUUUCCCCCUGAGUUUAUCAGAUCUGUGUGUUCUUCCAUUACUUUGGACUGGAUUGUUACCAUGUCCUAACAUUGGUAUCAGAGCAUCACCGCUCCUGGAGAUCAGAAUUGAAGUGCGACUACUGCAGAGUUUUCGUUUCAGGCUUAAGACCAGAUCUAAAAUGGAAAAUCGCUUUGAUGCGUGGCAACAGGAGAUGAGGGCAAUGAUGACAAACUUCGCGAUGAAGGAACAGAUUCAAAGCAACAUUGAAGCAUCUAUAGCAGCAGCGAUGGAGGAACAAAUUCAGUCCAGGAGAAGUUCGACGCGAUCUUAUCGUUCCAGUUCGCUGAAGCCGUCGCAGUUAACAAACACAGCUUGCCAAGCUAAUAGUGUGGCGAAAGCAAGAUGGGCUGCUAUAGUGCUAUAUGUAGUGACCCAAUUGGGAUUUGCCAAACUCCUGAUCAGUAAUGGAGUUGGAAUAGAGUCCACAUGGAUUUGAUUCCCUACUAAUUGGCAUUGAACCAUACCCCUUUCCAAAUGGACUAUGAAACUCGCCCCCUCUGUUUCACACCAAUGCCUAUUUUCAUUCCUAGAAACUUGCCAAACACACACCUUAUUAAUUCUUUAAAGAUAAUAAAGGCAAUGAGUUGAAUGUUAUAUAUAUUUAAGGAGAUCUACCCUUGAUCUUUAGGCAAAUGAUCUUUUCUCUUACAAACCCAGUGGCACACAAAUUGAGAUGAGUUGUGCAGUGCCACUGUGCUAGUGAGAUAAACUAUACAUGCAUAGAAACAUUGGAAUAUACGGAGUAUGUGUCACUAAGAAAAAUUACAUUAACACGUUGUUGGUCAAACAAUGAGUUGUUGAUCAUUUUUAAUCCAAAUGAACUUGGAAAUUCGUGUUGUGAAGCAAUCACAUUAACACGACAAUGCAUAAGGAAGCUUUGAUUGUUGCUUUGCACCUUGUGUCUAAAGUUCUAUGUUCGAAAGCUGUGGGUUGACAUUGCAAAAGUGUGGACUUUGUCGACCCACUUAUACCAUGUUUCUUUGCUUUAAUCAUGCGAAGAGACGCGCCAUCAAUAAUCAACAUAAUAGUGAUAAUGCAUGCUUCAAAUGUUGGUCUGUAUAUUCUUUUUUAUUUGCUACCUAAUUUUUACGUAAAUAAGUUUGUUGCAGAUUGGAAUCUGUAGUUAACCCCAAGUGGCCAAGUCCCUUUUGUGUGUGUAGAUUCAGGCUUUUAUCCUGUCAUGGCAGUGAUUUUUCGGAUAACAUGUUGAGGAACAGAAGGGUACAAUCUCAGAGCCUCUGACAGAGCAGCCUGAAGAUAAUCCAUUUUCUUAAUAUCCUCUGGCUCGAAGAUCGGUGUUUUCCCAUACCCUUUUUUGGUAAUAUGGUUUUUCCCCCUUGAGUUCAAAAUCUGGCAGAUUUCUGCAACGAUUCUUUCCUCCACCUCUGGUGUUUGAUUCAGGAGCCAGAAAAACCAGCUCAAUGCUACAGAUGAAGUGUCUCUACCAGCCAAUAUGAAGUUCACACAAAUAUCACGCAAAUAUUUAUCUGAAAACAGCCUGCCCUUUUCAUCCUUGAGUCCCAUAAAUACUGUUAGUAGAUCUGAUCUGUGUUUGGUGGCACCUUCUGACAAUGCCAGAGACAGCUCCUCCUUCCUCUUCCUGAUCACUUCAUCUGCAAAGUGGUCUACCUUUUCCAGUGAUACUUUCAGUCCCCCUUCUGCCCCAAAGCCGAGAUACCUCAUGGCCUUCCAUAUAAAUGUGGGGAAGACAAAACGCAUUAUGGUUGCCUCUGUUGCAUCCUCGAAAGCUUGGGCAAAGGGAAUAUCUGGCAAACCGGGCCGCAAACACCCCGGGUCAACUCCAAAAGCUAUCAUGCAGACAUUGUCAAAUGUGAGCCGUAGGAGAAUGUCCUGCAGAUCAAGGGCAGCAGAUUGGUUGAGUGACUCCUCCAGCACAGGUAAGAGCCUCUGGUGGACAAGCUCCAGCAGAGAAUCAGUUGUGAGGUUUCGGAAUUUGGCAGAAUGGAACUCAAGUCUUGCUGUCUUUCUCUGCUUCUGCCAACUCUCAUUAUCUGCAGUGAAUAUGCCGUCGCCUAGAAGAUCUUGUACCGUGUUCCGAAAAAAUUCUCCUUUCGGGAAGUUUGAGAAUCUUUCCUUCAGUAGAUACUCCAGGUUCUUUGGGUCACAAGUCACCACACAGUUGAGAUUAGUGAACCAUGGACCUCUGAAGGUAAAGGUGCCAUUCAUGCGGCAGAGAACUCCUGAAAGCCACUCGUAUAGGUCUUUCCGAACGCCAAGGACUAGAGCAGGCAACAUUCCAACAAUUGGCCAACAUGCCAACCCAUGUUUCUUCUCCUGCCUCAGAGCAUGUAUGGUCAGGAAAACCAUGAGAGCAAGGAUCAAUUCCACCGCCUGAAUCUCCGGCAAGAGAAGAAAGCCCCGUGAAGGUAAGUUGCCUGCAGCGUCAUACGCAGAAGAGUUGGAGAAUGUGGUCAUUUUUGUAAGAUUGUUAUUGGUUGUGUAGUUGUGCUCAUAAUGCUGUGG